GGGUAACGCCAUUUUCACGCACCGCGCAGUCAGUCAGUCAUCCAGCCAGAGGACCAGCGAGCUGUCAGCUUCACCGGAGACUCGUCCACUUUUAAUUCAACCCCAUGAAGCCGCCAUCGAGUUAGUUUUACGGAAUGCCAUGGAACCAAAGGACAACAUGGGUUUCUGUGUUUAUGGCUCCGACUAAAGCCAGUGUUUUGACAGUUAGCCGGUUAGCUAUGUAGCUAGCUGGUCAUCAUUAACGGCGGUUGAUGCAGUGAAACCCAGCGGCGGAACAUAUCCCACUCGUAGACACUUUGGAUAUUGUGUUUUAAAAGUUACCUACUCUAUUUAUCGGCUAGAGUUGUGUCUUUAAAGCAACACCACUUUCAUUUAAAGAGACGUGAUUCGGACGUCCAAAAAGGCGAGAUAAACGGACGUUACAUUGAAGCUACUUUGAAAACGGAUGUCCCAGAGAACGAAUGCGUGAGGACAUGUCCACCAUGGUGUGCGUGAAGGAGGAGGAGGACCCCGGGGAGAAGCUUUCCCAGGAUGAGAUCAUCUCCCGGACCAAGCAGGUGAUCCAGGGGCUGGAGGCCCUGAAGCAGGAGCACCACUCCAUCCUGGACGGCCUGCUGGGCACGCUGCACUGCCUGAAGCAGGAGGAGGAGGGCAUCCUGGUGGAGGAGAAGUCCCACAUGAUCCGCAAGUCCAUGGAGAUGCUGGAGCUAGGGCUGAGCGAGGCACAGGUUAUGAUGGCGCUGUCGAGCCACCUGAGCUCAGUGGAGUCGGAGAAGCAGAAGCUGAGGGUUCAAGUGCGCCGGCUCUGCCAGGAGAACCAGUGGCUGAGGGACGAGCUGGCCGGGACGCAGCAGAAACUGCAGAAGAGCGAGCAGAGCGUCGCUCAGCUGGAGGAGGAGAAGAAGCACCUGGAGUUCAUGAACCAGCUGAAGAAGUACGACGAGGACUUGUCCCCAUCUGAGGAGAAGGACUCUGACUCCACUAAAGAGACUCUGGAUGAUCUCUUCCCAGAUGACCACGACGACCAAGCCCCAGGCAUCCAGCCGUCCCACGGCAGUGCUGCAGCAGCGGCUGCUCAGCAGGGGGGCUACGAGAUCCCGGCCCGCCUGAGGACCCUGCACAACCUGGUAAUCCAGUACGCCUCGCAGGGCCGCUACGAGGUAGCUGUGCCCCUCUGCAAACAGGCCCUGGAAGACCUGGAGAAGACCUCUGGACACGACCACCCAGACGUGGCCACCAUGCUUAACAUCCUCGCCCUUGUUUACAGGGAUCAGAACAAAUAUAAGGAGGCAGCUAACCUGCUGAAUGAUGCUCUGGCCAUCAGGGAGAAGACCCUCGGCCGGGACCAUCCAGCUGUCGCUGCCACACUUAAUAACCUGGCUGUGCUGUAUGGGAAGAGGGGGAAGUACAAGGAAGCAGAGCCUUUGUGCAAGAGGGCGCUGGAGAUCAGAGAAAAGGUGCUGGGGAAGGACCACCCGGAUGUGGCCAAGCAGCUGAACAACCUGGCCCUGCUGUGUCAGAACCAGGGCAAGUACGAGGAGGUGGAGUACUACUACAUGAGAGCGCUAGAGAUCUACCAGACCAAACUGGGCCCCGACGACCCCAACGUGGCCAAGACCAAGAACAAUCUGGCGUCAUGUUACCUGAAGCAGGGCAAGUUCAAGCAAGCUGAGACUCUAUACAAAGAAAUCCUCACCCGCGCUCACGAGAGGGAGUUCGGCUCUGUUGAUGAUGAGAACAAACCAAUAUGGAUGCAUGCCGAGGAGAGAGAGGAACAAAGCAAGGGAAAGCAGAAGGACGGCUCGCCUUUUGGAGAAUACGGGGGCUGGUACAAAGCCUGCAAAGUGGACAGCCCCACAGUGACCACCACCCUGAAGAACCUGGGCGCCCUCUACAGGCGGCAGGGCAAGUUCGAGGCGGCCGAGACUCUGGAGGAAGCUGCCAUGCGCUCCAGAAAGCAGGGUCUGGACACGGUGCAUAAGCAGCGCGUGGCGGAGGUCCUGAGCGAGCCCGAGGCCCGCGAGAAGCAGCGGAGCCGCGAGAGCUUGACCUCCGACACGGUGAAGUACGAAAGCGGGCCGGACGGUGGCGAGGAAGCAUAACUCCAGAUGCCUUGUAAUGGUUCUAAAUAAACUUGUCUUCUGCAUGACGGACGCCUCGCCUCCACCCUUCAGCUUUGCAGUUUUCUUCAGCUCUGACUCCCCCCUUCCCCUCUCUCUCUCAUUCUCCUCCCCCAUGAUGGGGAUCCUUCACAAACCGGAGCGAUAACGUUAAUAAACCCUCCUCUGUGCUGGGUUUUGGGGGCAGCUUGUGUGACUAAAUCAAACUUUCUGCUUCGGUAUUUGUCUUGAGGCGUUGUGUGUAUCUGCUGUAGGGGGGGAUGUUUCUUUAUAUCAACACUAAACUCUUUUCAUGUUGUUCCUGCUGUCCUUUCCUCUCUUUCUGUCCCUCUCUGCUCUCUUUAAACUGUCCUUUCACACUGGCUGUAGAGUCAUUGAUAGGUUGUUGAGGGUGAAUGUGUAGAGGAGAUCAACAGACGCCCUUAAAGCAAAUCUCUGUCUGCUAACUUGUUCUUUCUCUAAAGCCUAACUCUGUCCAUUUUCCACCUGGACACCUGGUCAAUUACUGUGUCUUAGCCAUUGCUUCCUCACAUCAUUGGUGACCUCCUGAGCAUUUGCUAGAGUAAUGUGAAAGACGAAAGUGAUGUGUGCAUGUAACGGAGACCUUAAUUAGUCAAUGGACACAGAAGUGAUGAUCAGUCAGUUAUCAGGAAAACUGCAAAGAAAUCCAGUGUUCAAUCUGUCCGAUGUGAGGAUUCGCCUCUGAAAUCUGUCGCUUUUGCUGAUUUUUAAGGUCAAAACAAUACUUAUAUCAGGCGUUAAGAUCAAGAUAACAGGUUCGUAUAAUAAACAUAAAAACAAUGAGAGAAAUCGAAUGUUUUGUGCCGUACGUUUAAGGACCAGAUUUGACAGAAAAGUAGAAAAUAUCACAUCUUUUUUAGAUUUUUGUCAGAAUUUAUCCUCGGGAUUUUAACGGAUAACCAAAAAUAAGAAACACUAACAUAAGGAAAGGAUAGUUUAAACUUUACACCAUGUUAACAGCAUUUAACCUUCUUGAUGUCACUGCAAACAAAGCACUUACUUACCAACUUUAUUCCAGGUUUGAAAUGGUCAGAGUUAAACUUUUAACACUUAACCCUCCCCCCCCUCUCUAUCUGUGACGCCUCUCAGUUUGACUCAGCAUUUACCCCUAGACUUCAUUAGUGGUGACUCAAAGCUCAUUGUGACUGCUGUAAAUAACAUCAGCGUUUCUCGUCAGCAUGAUCGAGACGCAGCACCGUGGAUUGUGGCUCUGUUAGUCGUUAGUCUGCGCUGCGUGUCACUGUCAUGAUGUCGGACUGAACUAAUGAUGAGAACACGUUAAAGGUGACGGGACUCAUGCACGCUGUGAUUAAACAGAAUAGAGUUCAUCUGAUGCAGUGUGAUUAUAAAUGGGACAUUUCCCACUAAAUGUCAGAUUGUGGGGAAAUUAAAUGGAGCUUUUGUCCUGAGCAUCGUGCAUCGCCCUGGUUACCUUCUGUAUAUCUCUGUAAAUACAUAUCAGCGUGGGCGCAGUGAUGUUGCAUUUGUUUGAAAUCUGGGAAUUAGAAUAGUCUUCUUGUCUCUGUUUCUUUGCUCUUGCUAAUAACCUUUCUGCGUGUCCUUCCUGUCCCGUGUGCAUCUUACAGUUUGUCUUUCUUAACUUCUAAUAAAAUCUAAACUCUUUGCUCACCUGAAACCUGUGGCUGUCGCCUCUUUGUGUGUCCCCUCUCUUUUCUGUGUCUUCACAUCUAAUAACAACCUCAGCUGCAGCUCUGGAAACAUGCCUCAAAGCAUUUUGUAAACACUUCACACUAACCUGACUUUGGCUGGAAGCUGGGAGAUUCCUUCAUCAAAGGUCCUUUUUAUCUUCAAAAAAGGUUAAAAUUGUGGAUCAAAAUACAACUGUGUCCCUAAAGGAGUAAGGCCAUGGUUGAUUCCAGAUGUCUAAAUGAUGCUAUUGAUCACUAUGAGGACUUAGGUUGAUUAGAUCACAUAAAACAGGCCUUGAUUAAGAUCCAAAGUUCAACCCUGACUCCUGAAGAAAUACAUUUGGGAUUAAGAUGUGUUUGAAAAGCUUAGAAAACAGAGACUCUUCUUAUAAAGACACUUCAACUGUUUGAGUUGACUGUGCUCUUAGAUUAGAAGAGCCACAGUUUUUGUAUUUACAGCUUUUUAUUUAGCAAUAUUGAUUGGUGUUUUUUUUAACCAGUAUUUAGUCAGCACCCAGCAUGCUCAGGUUCAUCUUCUGUCACUCAAACUAACAUCGCUACCAGAAAUACCGGUUGUUUGAUUACAUCCAUUGAGGCUUGAAUUGACUGUAAUUGAUCAUGUCAUGUCCUCAUGUUGCAUUGACUAAAGGAUUCUGUUGCCAUGCAGCCUCAAUGAGUCAUCAGUCCUGGUUAUGUUGAAUCCAUAAGGGGCAACACUUUUUAAAAGACUGAUCAGGGCACAUUACAGUAUGUAAAGGUGGUAGUGAUCUUAACCUCACCUGUCACUCCAUGUACCAAUAGCUGAAGGUGAAGCACUAACAAAUAGCAACACAAUACGUCUGUGUGCAGCAUUAGUGUGCAGGUUGGAUGUAGAAUGCACAUAGCAACGGCACAGGUUUGCAAUGCAUGAGCGUCAGUCUGCAUCGUGAAUGCUCAUGAUGUUUUGCAUUGAAAAGAUCAUGCACCUUUUUUGAUCGGUAUUAGAGUUUGACCCAUAAACCCUGUUUUAAUCUGAAAGUCAAGCUUAACAUUUUAAAAACACAUUUAAAUUAAAUAUUAAUAUUAAAUGUAAUGUGCUAUGUUGUUGUUUUUGCCUUAAAUAUGGCAUUUAAAAUGAUUUAGACCCAAAGAUACCCCUUUUUCAUACAGCCAGAGUCAGUUAUAUGUAAAAAAUCUGAGUAUUUAUAUUGUGUUUUGGGUCACAUGGGUCUGACACUAAUGUCCACACAGGACAAACACUAUAUGACUGUGUGGGUGUCCAAAUGCACUCAAUUUAAUAUAAAUCAAAUCAGUGUGUGUGUGAGUGUAACGCUGCUCCCUCUCCCCUCAGGACGGCUCCGGCUCUCUGAAGAGGAGCGGCUCCUUCAGUAAACUGCGAGCGUCGAUCCGCCGCAGCAGCGAGAAACUCGUCCGCAAGCUGAAGGGCGGCGGCUCGUCCCAAAACAGCGAGCCCAAAAACCCCGGGUAACUAUCCCAUCAUGCACCUGGUGACUCUCACUUUAUGCACUGGAGGAAGGAGCCGACACUAACCAAAUAAAAGAGAAAGAAGGGAUUUGCUGAGCUUUGCUGGCAGUGAAGUAACUUUAAAGCUGUUUGCACAUGAACUGAUGGAGGGAGCUUCCACUGACACACACUCUGGGCCUUUUCCCAUCGCAUCGGUUUACUGCCUCUGUACGGUGACUCUAUCCCACAGGGUUUGGUCUGAUUGUAUACAAAGAGUAUAACGACCACUGUUGGAAACAAAAACCUUUCAGAAAAAGUAGUUCUACUUUCAGACUAAACAAACAAAACAAAACGAUGUAGUAUACUGUAAGGACAGGAGUCAUAUAGGUGCAAUAUUUCAAGGUUUGUCUGUAAAAUAUCACGUAAAAACACAUUACCAUAUAAGUUGCCAUAAAUUCUAUCAAAAUAGUUGUUUUUUAGUUGUAAUAUUUUUAAGGAAAAGUGGUAAUGUCCCAUAAAAUGUUUUUAUAUUUCAAGAAAACUGUGCUUCCUACAAAUUAAAAUAUUAUAGCUUUACUCUGAAAGAAAUUCAACCUAUUCUUGUAAAUAGUUCACAAAAACAAUAUGCAUUUCCUUCCCUUUAUUAUCACAGUUAUUUUUUUAAAUGGUGACUUAAGUCUUGAGUAAUUUAGAGUUUUGAAAGUUUUCCUUACAGUGGUCUUAAUAUUCCUUUGAAACGCCCAAACCUGUGCCUGAUUAAAGUAUAAAACCAAAGGUAGCUGUGCUCUGAGCGGUGUACGUACAGAAGUGCAGCGAUGAAAUGGGAAACUUAUGCAAACGUUUCAAACUCUCUGGCUGUGCCGGGCGACGUGUAGAAUGUGCAGCGAGACACAAACUAAAGUCUGCUUAUGAAAUGCCUUUGCUCGUUAUGCCUGUGGAUAGUUCCACCUAUUUAUUGCAUUGUGUGGCUUUGGGACUACUUAUUUCAAUUUGUUUUGAAAUAUAGUUCAGUUUUUGGAUUUUAUUAUUUUCUUUGUGAAUUCCUGGAAGAACCAGCUUUGUCUGCAUGGCUGUUUUUUUUUUGUGUUGUUGAAUUUUUAUUUAUGAAUAAAUUUGUUUAUUUGAA